AAAAUACUGUGUUUUAGGCCACAAAUGGUUACUUUAAAAAUAUUUCCCUAAAAGUUUUGGGAAAAUUAAUGUCUGUGAUUUUAUAAAGAGGAUCAUUUAGUCAGCAAUGUAUGUUUAGGUAGUAUUAGCCGUACUAUGGAAAAUCCCAUUAUAUGUUAGCAUCAAGAUACUGGACUUUAGCAUUACGCGUUAGUUCAGUUUCUACUUUUAUGGAUCAACCGAGCGUUAGCAUUAGACGUACUAUGGACAAUCGCAUUAUACGCUAACAUCAAGCAAGCGGACUUUACCAUCAUGCUUUAGAUCGAUCUCUACUUUUAUGGUUUGACCGAGCGGCCGUCCUAUGGAAAAUCCCAUUAUACUUAAGUAUUAAGCUAGCAGACUUUAGCAUCAUGCGUCAGAUCGAUUUCCAUUUUUAUGGAUCGAGUAUGGAUCUUUUAAGGUUAGAUUGAUCCAGAUUGAUUAAUCUAUUUUAUCAACCCAGCUCCACUUUCAUAGGGUGACCAAACUUCUUCGCACCUUCAUCACAUGAAUGGCACUAAUGGGCUCUUUUUGAAGUCUACGCGCAGCACGCCCGUAGAAAAAAUGUAGAAGAACAUUUUCACACUACACUGACCGCUCUACAACCUUGAUGAUUCGUACGGGUCGCCUUCAUGUCCCGUACAGAUUUGACCAUUUUUUUUUACAAAAGUACAUAUUUACAGUUUUUUUCCCAACAUUUUGUUUAGUUUUCUUUUGCUCGAGAUGUUUUAGCGAGUCGUGGACAAUUGUUGUGUUGGGUCUCCUUAAAGGUGUCACAGCAGAGUGACGGGUUAUCCUCUUUGGGACAGCUGUCUGGGUUUAGCCAGUGAUGACUCUAAUCUCAUUGAGCAGCAGGUAGAGCAGCGCAGGGAGGCUCUGCAGAGGUUUAGCCCUCAAGCCAAGAAGAGGAGGAAGAAAGCUUUUCUUUUUCCAGCAGCAUGGGGAACACCAAGAGCAGCGCUCUGUCGAAGGAGCUCCUGGAGGAGCUGAAAUCCAACACCAAAUACUCCGAGGCCGAGCUCUGCACCUGGUACCAGUCCUUCCUGAAAGAGUGUCCGAGCGGGAAGAUCUCCAAGGAGCAGUUCGAGGGCAUCUACGCCAGCUUCUUCCCGGGCGCGGACCCCACGGCGUACGCGCGGCACGUCUUCAGGAGCUUCGACACCAAUGCGGACGGCACCUUGGACUUUAAGGAGUACAUCGUGGCGCUGCACCUCACCUCCGGAGGAAAGACUCUGCAGAAACUGGAGUGGGCCUUCGCCCUUUAUGACGUGGACGGAAACGGAACCAUUAGCAAAAACGAAAUUCAAGAGAUUGUUAGGUCCAUAUUCAACAUGAUCCCGGCCGACGACCAGAAGCACCUCCCCGACGACGAAAACACACCGGAGAAGAGGGCUGAGAAAAUAUGGGCGUUCUUCGGGAAGAAGGAAAACGGUAACGGCUUUAGGACAGACGCGGCUCACCCGCGGCGGGAAGCAACACUCACUCAUGUCUGUUUCUCUGCAGAUAAAAUCUCUGAGGGGGAAUUUAUUCAGGGAGUGAUGGACAACAAGGACAUCUUACGCUUGAUACAGUACGACGAACCACAGAAAAUAAAAGACAAGCUGAAGGAGAAGAAGCAUUAACAACCGACUUUCCUGUAUUUCAUGUGAUUUUGUGUUUGUUCCUUUCUGUUUAGAAUCUUUUUUUUGUGAAGCUACCGUUUAUUUUUAUGUUAUUGAUUACAGUGAGAGUAGGAGGAGUUGAUAUGGCCUCGGCGGGUUUUCACUUUUCGAUUUGUUCAUUAGGUUAAUUGAGAAGAAGUCAGGGCAGGAGCUCCUUUAAAGGGAUUAGGCUCAUGUUAACAAUCCGCCUGAAUCCGAUUAGGAGCUGAAGGUCAGCUGAGACAAACAACCCUAAAGGUGUUCGGUCCCACAGUUGGAUCAUUUCUGUCAAAGCCACAUGUUGAAGCUCCAUUCGUUCACCGAUUUGUUGGCUUCUGCAUCAGUAGAAAUGUUCAACUUUUGUUGUAAAAUUCAUUCAUAUAAAGUUUUUCCUUUGAAGAAUAUUAAAUGAUCAGCCUAGAA